UAACAAUAAUAAUCGCUUUGUAUACGUCGACCUGUUCGUACCAUUAAACAUCCACAUGUAACUAGAUGUAGAUAUGUUGAUAUUUCUUGAUUAAAAGAUAAUAAGAGAUAAAAAUUUUACAUUGUGUUUCAUUUACUGUAAGGAGUAGUAGUGUAAUUUUAUAAAUAGUGAUAAAACAUGCAAUCAAUUAGGAGAUCGACUAUAAAUUUGGCUGUGAUAAAUAAGCAAUUCGUAAGGUCAGUGACGGUAAAUAAUACAGCCGUUAGUAACGAGAAUAGCUUGGAACUAAAAUCAUGGCAAGAAAUACCUGGCCCUUCUUCUCUACCCCUGAUUGGACAAAUACAUCAUUUUCUUCCUGGAGGGUCACUACAUUCUACAGUUGAUAACUCUAUAAGUAUACUCGAAAAAUUAUACCAGGAUUUUGGGCCAAUUGUUAAACUAGACGGAGCAUUUGGUUCGCCCACUAUAAUAUUUUUGUUCGACGCUGAAUCCUCGGCUCAUAUACUUCGUAACGAGAAUUGGAUGCCAAUUCGCAUAAGUUUUCAAAGCUUGGAAUAUUUCAGGAAGUAUUAUAAGAAAAGCGAACGUAACCCGAAUAAAUCAUCAGGUCUAAUCACUGAGCAACUUGAACCGUGGAAGAAGUUCAGAUCAACUGUCAACCCUAUUAUGUUACAAACUAAAACUAUAAAACUAUAUGGCAACAGCUUAAAUGAAGUUGCUGAAGAUAUGGUUAAAAGAAUGAGGCUUAUACGAAAUGAAAAUAAUAUGUUGGAAGGCAAAUUCGAUGAGGAGAUGAACUUGUGGGCUUUGGAAUCCAUUGCUGUUGUAGCCCUUGGAGGUCGUCUUAACUGCCUUGACCGUAAUCUACCAGAAGAUUCUCCUGAAAAAAAAUUAAUACAGACAGUACACGACAUAUUUAAAACGUCAGAAGAAAUUGAUUUUAAGCCAAGCCUUUGGAGAUACAUCUCAACACCAACCUUUAAAAAGGCAAUGAAGUUGUAUGAAACUCAACUAGAAUUAAGUAAAUUAUUUAUUGGAAAAGCGAUAAAACAACUUCAAACUAAAGAUAAAAAUUUAAUCGAAGAGAAAGGUAUUUUGGAAAAACUUCUGGAAAUAGACGAAAAUGUUGCAGUAAUCAUGGCCAGUGACAUGUUGUUUGCUGGUGUUGACACAGCAGCAAACACCAUGACAGCGAUUCUUUACUUACUGGCUGUAAAUCCAGAAAAGCAAAACAAACUAAGAGAAAAAAUUAUGUCCGAAAAAAAGGAUCAAUCGUACCUAAAAGCGUGCAUAAAAGAGUCGAUGAGGAUGCUCCCAGUAGUAGCAGGAAACAUGAGACAGACAACAAAAGAAUACGAUAUUUUGGGGUACAGAAUACCCAAAGAUAUGCAUGUGUCGUUUGGUCAUCAAUUUUUAUCGUCAAUGGAAGAGCAAUUCCCAAGAGCAAAGGAAUUUAUACCGGAAAGAUGGAUUACUGAAAAAACUGACCCGUUGCAUCACAGCAACGCACAUCCAUUUGCAUUUAGUCCAUUCGGAUUUGGAGUACGCAGUUGUAUUGGUCGUCGGAUAGCUGAAUUGGAAAUAGAAAUAUUCCUAACUAAGGUCAUUGAGAAUUUCCACAUAGAAUGGUUCGGACCACCGCUGAAGGUUAAGCCUAGUACUCUCAACUACAUCACUGGACCCUUCAACUUCGUAUUUAAGGAUGUUAAGAAGUAAUAUUUCAAUGGCAUUUACUUACUUAUGUAAUGUAAAACGCUAAAGGCAACGUUAUAGCAAAUAAAAAUUGUCAUUAUAAAACGCAUUAGCCAGACUGCCAAUUUGCUGCAAAAGAAACAAUCAGAGUUAUGAUUUCCUUGAUUGUAUUGUCCCUCACACUCUAAUGAGCAAUAUAAAGGAGAGUAUAAUGUUCUUGCUGGAGCAUUAGUUAAUAAAACCUCAAUGUAAUCAUCAUAGCUCAAUGUAAAAAUCGCAUGUUUGAUCCUAACCAUUUGGAGUAUUGUCGUACCUAAUUCAAGUUACGCUUAAUGAUAAAGCAAUAUUAAUAAUGCCUUGAAAUCAGCUCUGCCAUUAUUCUUUAAAAAAUACAAUUAAUUUUUGGCAUUUAUGUCCAUAAACGCAAAAAACAUAAUUUGUGAUAUAUUAUUAAAUGUAAUAUAAAUAUUAAUUAUAUUUUAUUUUUGUUAUUAAAUAUAUAACUCUAAUUGUAAUUUUUUUCAAUAAAGCGGUGUUUUUUAC